CUGUUAUGGUAGGUCCAAUUACGAUUUGUAAGGCUGUAGCCCUGAACGAAAGGUGGUAGGCGAUGAAGUCAAAAAUUCAAGAUUGAAAUGCUUCGACGAUGAUUGACAGGUUGAGAUACACAAGAGCUGCGACUUUUGGAGGCGAUUUUAUAUUUCGUCCGUAUCAUCGCUGCAAGAUGAAGGACAGACAUGCAGCCGGGCGCACUAGACGAACGCUAGCUGUGUAGGUUGUUAGCGCUCCACCUAUCGGCGGACGCCAUUUGUAUGCAGAAUUGUCAUGCAUACCCAGGCUCGUCCCCCCCAGGUUCUGUGGCUUCUAAAACGGCUGCUGAUUGUUCACUGCAGCUUUCGACCCUGUGACCUUGUUUGUUGUCAAUAUCUUGUCAAUGAGCAGCCUCGCGGACACCAUAUACAAUUUGGAGACAUUCCGAUAUCUAGAUGUAAUACUUGGGUCGCUGGUCGUGAAUCAUUCAUUUUUCGAGUAUCUUUUCCAUCCAUCAAUCGUUGUAGGUACAAUCGUUGUCCUACUUCCCGCGUCUCCAAUGUCUGCUUUACUGCAUUCACAUCUCUUCGGGUCUCAACAGAGCUUUCCCUUGACGUAUCGGCAUCCAGGCCCAGCGCCCGCAUGGCACUAUUGUUCAGUCUUCGCACAACAAGGACUCGCAACGUGUCCACCGUUAAUAUCUUCACUUUCAGUACGCGCUCUGUGUCAACUUGAAAACGAACGGUCAAGGCGAUAGUGCAUCAUCUACUCCUAGGCCAGUUGCAGCCUUCUUGGAGUGUAGAAGGAGUUCAUGCGUACAUCAGACUUUUGAGCUUCGAGUUCGAAC